AUGCCGGAGAGACUACAAGUCAAGAACAAGAACCCCGCACCCGUACAGAUUACGGCCGAGCAGAUUCUGCGUGAAGCUCAUGACCGUCGUCUUGAACCAGCCCAUUCGAUUCCCAAACAAAAGAUUACUGACUUGGAAGAGCUUUCAGAAUUCCGUCAACGAAAGCGCAAAGAGUUUGAAGAUAAUAUACGAAAGAAUCGUCUUAACAUCAGCAAUUGGCUCAAAUAUGCUGCUUGGGAAGAUAGUCAAAUGGAAUCUCAACGUGCACGAUCUGUAUACGAACGUGCAUUAGAUGUAGAAUGGCGCAACAUCGCCAUCUGGUUGAGAUAUGUCGAGACGGAGAUGAAGAAUCGCAAUGUUAACCAUGCUCGUAAUAUACUCGAUCGUGCAACGACAUUACUGCCACGUGUAGAUCAAUUCUGGUACAAAUACACCUAUAUGGAAGAAACACUUGGCGAUGUACCAAAAGCACGCAAUGUAUUUGAGCGUUGGAUGAAGUGGGAGCCAGAAGAGUCAGCAUGGCAGGCAUAUAUUAAGAUGGAGUUACGAUACAACGAACAUGAUCGCGCCCGUUCGAUCUACGAAAGAUUUGUCAGUAUCCACCCUGAACCUAAGAACUGGAUUAAAUGGGCUAAAUUUGAAGAAGAACACAACAACUUGGAAAAAUGUCGUGAGAUAUAUACCGAAGCAGUCCAGUACCUUGGUGAUGAGAAAAUGGAUCAAAAGGUGCUUGUUGCAUUUGCAAAGUUCGAGAUUAAAUUGAAGGAGUUUGAUCGUGCUCGCGUUAUAUUCAAGUAUGGUCUUGAUCGUCUUCCAAAAUCAAAAUCCGAAUCGUUAUACAACCAAUACACAAAUUUUGAGAAACAGUACGGAGAUAAAGAAGGAAUCGAAAAUGUAGUGGUUGGAAAGAGACGAGUUCAGUACGAAGAAGAAAUCGAAUCAAACCCAAAGAACUACGACAUUUGGUUUGAUUACGCUAAACUUGAAGAGUCCGUAGGCGACCCAACUCGUGUACGAGAAAUUUACGAACGUGCCAUAUCGCAAGUACCACCGGCCCAAGAAAAGAGAUACUGGAGACGUUAUAUAUAUUUGUGGAUCAAUUAUGCAUUAUAUGAAGAACUGGAGACAGAGGAUGUAAACCGGACACGCGAGAUCUAUAAAGAAUGUAUCAAGCUGAUACCCCACAAAAUAUUCACAUUUGCAAAGAUAUGGUUGCUUUAUGCACAGUUUGAGAUCAGACAAUUAGAUGUGCACGCAGCAAGAAAGAUUUUGGGUACAGCUAUUGGAAUGUGCCCCAAAGAUAAACUUUUCAAAGGGUAUAUUGAACUUGAGAUGCAGUUAAGAGAGUUUGACCGGUGCCGUACAAUCUACACGAAAUAUCUGGAGUACAACCAGGCAAAUUGUGCAGGAUGGAUCAAGUUUGCUGAGCUUGAGAAGCUGUUAAAAGAAGAAGACCGAUGCCGUGCUAUCUUUGAGCUUGCUAUCAGUCAACCUACACUUGAUAUGCCUGAAUUACUCUGGAAAGCUUAUAUUGACUUUGAAAUUGGAGAGGAAGAGUAUGAGCGAACUAGAGAAUUGUACCUUCGAUUGCUUGAACGUACCGCACACGUUAAGGUCUAUAUCAGCUUUGCACAGUUUGAGCUGUCUAUACCUUACGAAGAAGGCAGUGACGAAGGUGUUAAACGUACACGCAAGAUUUUCACCGAUGCAUAUGAUAGCAUGAAGCAAAAGGAGUUGAAAGAAGAGCGUGUGCUUCUUCUUGAAGCAUGGAACGACUUUGAAGACAAUUAUGGCUCAAAUGAGACUAGAGACGUUGUCAAGAAGAAGAUGCCUAAAGUUGUUAAGAAGAGAAGAAGAGCAGAAGACUCUACCGAAGAUAAUAUCAUUUGGGAAGAAUACUUUGACUACAUAUUCCCUGAUGAUGAUGUACAGAGUGGUAACCUCAAGCUUCUGGCAAUGGCACAAGCCUGGGAGAAGAUGAAAGCACAAGCUGCAUCUAGUGGCGCAGAUAAAAACAACGAUGAGGAUGAUGAUGAGGAAGACGAAGAAGAAAAUGAAGAAGAGAAGGAAGAUGAAGAAUAA